AUGGCAAUCACAUUGAGGACGGAAGGGAAACGAAUGGAGGUGGAGGAUAGGGUGUUUAGGUUGGUGCAAACAUGUGUCCAGAUUGUGCUUUUAGAUGCUAUGAAGGAAUUAUUGGACAAGAAUGAGCUGGAUGGGGUGGUUUCUCAUUUAUUUGGAUUUUGGUGUGGAGGACAUGGACUACCGAGAAAGAGAAAGACAACUGAUCAGGCAACAAGCUCAAGAAGUCUCAAUCUUUCUCAGAAGCUGAACAUUGCAAUUGAUGUAGCUUCAGCUUUGCAGUACCUUCACAACCACUGCGAAGCUGAGAUUGUUCACUGUGAUCUAAAACCAAGUAACAUUCUUCUUGAAAAUGAUCUUGUUGCACGUGUGGGUGAUUUUGGAUUGGCAAGGCUUCUCCCAAAACCCAUCAACAGAUCUUCCGAGCAAGGAACCAGCAGUAUAAUAGCUAUAAAAGGAACAAUCGGCCGCGCAGCCCCAGAGUACGGAAUGGGUCUUGUUGCAUCAACUCUAGGAGAUGUCUAUAGCUGUGGUAUUCUUUUGCUAGAGAUGAUCACUAGGAGGAGGCCAACAGAUGAUAUGUUUAUGGAUGAACUAGAUAUACAUAACUAUGUUAAUAGGGAUCUGUCUGAACAAGUUUGUGAGAUCGUGGAUCCCUUGAUUCUUUCUAAAGCAGGAGAUGGAAACAGAAGAAUGACUCCUGGAAGGGAAAAUAUCAAUGGUGGAAGAGAGACGGAGUGUAUUAUUUCCCUGUUAAAACUCGGCCUCAAAUGCUCACAAAGAUUGCCAAAUGAUCGGAUGCACAUGGAUGAAGUUGUCCGCAAAUUACAUCUCAUUAAGGAUGUUUUUCUUGGUGUCAGGUUACAUCAAGCAAAUCUUGAAGUUUAA